UUUUCCCGCUUUUUGUCGUUUGAUAACAGCUUUUUCGCGAUAAGAGAGAAUAAUCCCAGUUUCUUAAAAGUUUUAGCAAAUAUUUGUUAAUAUCGGAACUGGGGAAAAGGCCAGCCUGUGUCUCGACAUUUUCAAUUAAUCAGUAAAAUGUCUACGAGGGAUUUGAUUUAUGACUGCAACCUGGAAAAAUGGGCGAGCUCUCUCGGCUUUCCUGAUGUGGAUGAUCCGCUGUUUAAGGAGAAUUGGAGAAAAUUGGCUUGCCCAAGUAUGAGGAGUGAAUGGCGUCAUUUGACUUCCACGAUAGUAUCACAGCAGAAAGCAGCUACUAUUAAGAAGCAAUUACUUCUAUACAAAUUAACAACCAGCAAUAAUUCAAAUAAUGGCAAAUUGAAAAAAAUGAACAGCGUGAAAGACCUAGUGACUUACGAGGAAUUGAAACCAUUGAGAAAUAAGUUGGCAAGCCUAGAUUGCAAGAUAAACAUCAUUUUGGAUGAUAUGAAAGAGUUAGAGUCCAAACUGGAGGCUCGAAGCAAGAUUAACAAGGAGUGCUUGGAGGGGAAGCGUCACAACCAGAAUAAAAUUAAAACCCUUCAAUUAAAAAACAAAGAAAUUGAGAAUGAUAUAUUUUCAGUGAGGACAAUGCAGAAAUUGGCUUUGGAACUAUCCGACAAAAAGAUUAGCGGUGAAAUUUCCAAGGAGGAAACCCCUUGGUCUAAAGAAGUUAAAGCGACUGUAAAGAGCCUUACACCAGGUCAUGAAUUAGAGGAGAUGAUCAAAAGAAUGAAAAGCGCCUUGUGUAAUAAAAUCAACUGUUCCAGCACCAAAUGCCAAAGUAGACUUGAAAUUUUGUUCGAACUUGAUAAGGAACACGUAAAGCGUUACUCAGAUUUAGAGAUUCUUAAAAAAAUCCAUGCUGCAAAGGAGGAAAAGCUUAAUUCCAUAUUGAAAAAAAUAUAUGACAAGAUGCUAAAUAAUGAAAAUGAAAGAUACUGUUUUAGUGCUAAAAAAUUCCUUGUAGAGAAACUCACUGACACAGUCAGAGAAACAGGCAAGCUGGCAGCUUUGGAGCAGAGCAUGUGCACUUUGAAAAACACCAAUGAAGAGGUUGAGCUCAAAUACAAAACAGAAAAAGAAAACAUAGGCGAAGUGGAAUCUAUUAUAGAGAAAAAAUUUCAAAAACUAAGGUUUUACUGUUCCAUUGACAUCGAUUUGUUCUCAAAAAAAGUUUUGGACUUAGAAAGGUUAAUGAAGAAGGAAGUUUCUGAGUUCAAAAUCAUUGAAAGUAUUAGCACGGUCAUUCCAACAUCAAAACAAGCUUAUCCUGAGCAAUUAAAACUCUUUCUGGAAUAUUAUUUGGUCAGGAAUAACACAACAAUAGUAGACAACGUACCUCAGUCGUUAACGGAUUACGCCGUUUUCCAGAUGCUUUUGCAGAAAAUCGAGGAACACCAGGCGCUUUGUCGGGUUUUGAGCCAGAACGAAAAACAUACUUUUGAUGUCGACGUAUUCAAUAAAAUCGAGAAAAGUGUGGAAGAGAAUGAGAAAAGAAUUUUGAAAAGGAUAAGUGAAAUCGAGUGCCAAUUGUCUGCAUCAAAAUGCCUGAACAACAAAAACGCCUUGGCUUUAAAGUUUUGGAUGCAACAGCCGUUUGCAGAUCAUUUACCAGGACAUCCAGAGUAUAAUGAUAUCAAAAAUAGAUUCAAGAAAGCAAUACAACAGAAGUAUCACAAUGAUAGAAAUAAUUAAAACAUUUAUUAAUGAUUAAGUAAAUAGUUAACAUGAAAUAUAACUUGCAAAAAAUUUAUAUAAAAACAAAAUUUGUUGUCAUAAUGUAAUAUAGCCAAAGAUAAUACAUUGAAAAAAAAAAAAAUUAGAACUGUACAGCAAUAUCAAUCCCAGGAAUAAAUUAAUAAAAUUAACACUCAGAAAAGUAUAAGAAAAAAUUACAAAUGUUAUACCAUAUGAGUCAAAUUAAAGUUGAUCAUAACACUUGA